GGAAAGAAAGAAACCAGCUACGACUGUUCAUUCUCAGUCAGGGCAUUUGCAUUGUGCUGUGUUUCAUCUGCUUCUCCUCCGUCCGCCUCUUCCACCACCGCACCGCACCGCCACCGCACCAUGACGCCGGCGAGAGGUCCCAGGCUGGACUGCCAUUUCGCGUGGGACGGCAACGACGCGCAUGGCGUCCCGUUCCUUCCGCCGGUUACGGGACAGCCCGUGGACAGCACACUUCUACGGUGCUCACGCGGCGGUGGAAUCAUUCGAGUCGCGGGCUCGCAUCAAGCUGGCAAAGAGGGGAAUUGGGGGUUUUCCCACCCUGUCGAUCCAACAUUUGAUCGACAUCCUCAGGGACCAAUUGGAUGAUGCCCCGAAUUUGAACCAGAAGAGGCUGGUCAUGAUGGAGGAAAAUGCUUUCAGAAUACUGAAGAACAUUGGUGUCACGACAAAGGAAGCGUAUGAUGCCGCACCCCUGGGAACAGGCUUCGUCAAGAAUGUGGAGGGUCUGCCCAAUUACAAGAUUGAAAAUUAUCGAGUACUCUACUUGAAGAGCAACUGCUGGCACGAAGGUGCGUCCAGCGAGAUCAUCGACGCUAUCCAUUGUGGAGGUCCAGUGUACGGAUGGUUCGCCUACGACGACUCGUUCCAGGAUGCCAAGGGCGAAAUUUAUCGCGUCCCAUCCGCACCAUCGACCAUGAUCUCCCCGAUCGUCCGAACCCAUGCCCUACUUCUCUACGGCUAUGGAGCACAGGGUAGGACUGGGUUGUUCGAUUACCAGAACAACUGGGGUCCUGAGUACCAUAAUGGUGGGCGUGGCAUUAUGGAGAGUGCCAACAUCAUUGGAACCAUUGUUCCUGAUGUUACAUUUGCAGGCAUUGCAUUUUAGAGAUGAAGGGCUGAAUUAGAAUAAUAUUAGGAGAGUCAGGAUAGAACAUGCUAUUUUUGAUCUCGAUGACAACUUAUUGGCUGCCGCAAUCGAGCAGGGAGCUUGCUGCAAUAACAAGCUGAAGCACUCUGAUUACAAAAUCA